GGGACACCCGCAAAACGGAUACCUCAAAAAGGAAGGAUGUGAAAAAGGAUGGAGGGACGCAGGAAAAGAGGGGGGAAAGGCUGGUGAAAAACAGCACCCUCUCUUAGUGCGAUAUAUAUCUGCCUCCCCCCCUCGGCAGGUUGCCAUGGUCGCGAUACCUACUCUCUCUCUCCUAUUGGUCCUGGCAGAGUGGGCAGGUCUGGUGGACUGCUCCCCCCACCUCCUGCUCCGGCCCAGUCCGCGGGAACGUGAUGCAGGGGCCAUGAUGAACUUCAACAUCGCCGUGAUCCACGCCGGUGCUACGGUGCAGGCCGAGGCGGCGGUGGCGGGGUCUGGGGGAAGGGUGCUCUACCCCGGCUUCGGCCGGGUAUACGGCUCCCUGGGGGAGAGCGUGGUCACCCAGUGGGGCUCUGCUAACGUCAUCUGGCUACAGGUGAAUGACAGUAGUCCUAAGACGGUGCUGUCCCAGCUGUGUGAGCUGCUGGCAGCGCGGCCCCUGCAGGGUCUGGUUUAUGAAGAGGAGAGGCCCCCUCGCACGGCCUGGGGUCCAUUGGCCCCAAUGCUGGAGUUUGUCUCUGCGCAAACAGGACUGCCCAUAGUGGCUGUAGGAGGGGGAGCGGGGCUGGGGAGGAUGCCACAGGAAUCAGGUUCCAUCUUUCUCCAGUUCAGCUCCUCUACUGCCCUCCAAUUAGAGGUCAUCUUUGAGGUGCUGGAGGAGUACGAUUGGACAUCCUUUUCCGUGGUGUGCACGCGUCACCAUGGCUACCAGGACUUCCUGUCUGUAGUGGAGGGCCUGACCGACGGCUCGUUCAUCGGCUGGGAGAAGAAGAGUGUGGUGAUCCUGAACGUGACCGACGACCCUGGGGGGGCACGCACGCGCAGGCUGCUGAAGGAGAACGAGGCGCAGGUACGUUUGCUGUACUGCUCCCAGGAGGAGGCUGAGCUGGUCUUUAAAGCCGCCUGGUCCGCCGGUCAGGCCGGAGCCUCGCACAUGUGGUUCGCGGUGGGGCCGGCUCUCUCAGGUUUGAGCAUGGAGAGCCUGCCUCGGGCUCUGUUUGCCGUGCGGCCCCAGGGCUGGAGGGACGAACCUCGCAGGAGGAUUGCUCGGGGAGUGUCUGUGCUGACUCAUGGGGCAGUGGCCAUGCGCAAGGAUUACGGAACCACGGGUGGGCCGAACUUUGUCACCAACUGCAUGACGGACGCCAAUCAGACCCAGAGACUGCGGGGCAGGAUGAGGUAUUUCGGCAACAUCACACUUGGUGGUCGAGACUAUUCCUUCAAUGGUGACGGUUACCUGUCCAACCCCUUCCUCGAUGUCAUUUCCUGGACACCUGGACGUGGAUGGGAAGAUGUAGGCUGGUGGGAGAACGGCGUGCUGAGGCUUCGAUACCCAGCCUGGUCCCGCUAUGGGCCAUUCCUUAAACCACCUGACGAUGCCCAGCACCUGCGCGUUGUCACGCUGGAGGAAAGGCCAUUUGUCAUUGUGGAGCUGGCAGACGCCGCAUCCGGGACCUGCAUCCGGGACUCAGUGCCCUGCAGACGACCACUUAAUGCCAGUGCCAUCCAUGAAGGUGUGGCUCCCAUGAAGCAGUGCUGCAAGGGCUUCUGCAUUGACAUCCUCAAGAGAUUGGCCAAGAUUGUCGGCUUCACCUAUGACCUUUACUUAGUGACCAAUGGGAAACAUGGGAAGAAAAUUGAAGGGGUUUGGAACGGCAUGAUUGGAGAGGUGGUAUACAAGCGGGCCGACAUGGCCAUUGGCUCGCUGACUAUCAAUGAGGAGAGGUCAGAGGUCGUAGAUUUCUCUGUCCCUUUUGUGGAGACGGGGAUAAGUGUCAUGGUCUCCCGAAGCAACGGAACUGUAUCACCCUCCGCUUUCUUAGAGCCCUACAGUCCAGCGGUGUGGGUGAUGAUGUUCGUCAUGUGCCUGACCGUAGUGGCUGUGACCGUCUUCAUCUUUGAGUUCUUCAGCCCUGUGGGCUACAACCGCAGUCUCCAGAAUGGCAAGAAGGCUGGAGGGUCUACUUUCACCAUAGGAAAGUCUGUAUGGCUUUUGUGGGCUAUUGUCUUCAAUAACUCCGUGCCAGUGGAGAACCCCAGAGGAACCACCAGCAAAAUCAUGGUGCUGAUCUGGGCUUUCUUUGCUGUCAUCUUUCUGGCCUCCUACACUGCUAACCUGGCUGCCUUCAUGAUCCAGGAGGAGUACAUUGACACAGUGUCUGGCCUCUCGGACAAGAAGUUUCAGCAUCCCGAGGAGCAGUACCCACCUCUGAAGUUUGGCACGGUGCCCAAUGGGAGCACAGAAAAAAACAUUCGCUCCAACUACCCAGACAUGCACCAGUACAUGGGCAAAUACAACCAGAGAGGGGUGGAGGAUGCCAUACUGAACCUCAAGACCGGGAAACUGGAUGCUUUUAUUUAUGAUGCUGCAGUAUUGAACUAUAUGGCCAGGAAGGACGAAGGUUGUAAGGUGAUGACCAUAGGCUCGGGGAAGGUUUUUGCCACCACAGGCUACGGUAUCGCCCUGCACAAAAACUCACGCUGGAAACGUCCUCUUGACCUGGCCCUUCUGCAGCUGGUGGGAGAUGAUGAGAUUGAGAUGCUGGAGCGCCUGUGGCUAUCGGGUAUCUGCCAUAAUGACAAAAUUGAGGUGAUGAGCAGUAAACUGGAUAUUGACAACAUGGCUGGGGUCUUCUACAUGCUGCUGGUGGCUAUGGGCCUCAGUUUGCUGGUGUUUGCCUGGGAACAUUUGGUCUACUGGAAGCUUCGCCACUGCAUGGCCACCAGUUCUGGCAAAUUGGACUUUCUCUUGGCAAUCAGCAGGGGCAUGUAUAGCUGCUGUAGCUUUGAGGAUGAAACAGCACCAGGUGGAACUAAAUCUUUGGCCACUCAUCAUCACACGAUGGUCACAGUUCCGUCCCAGCCACAUGUUGUCUCAACAUCUAUGACCAAUCCAGUCAUUGCCAUGGCGCAACAGCAGCAACCACCGCAACAGCAGCAACCACAGCCCGUCUACAAAACACCUCUACCGGGCUCACCUCCCACCGUGGUGCAUUCUGGGACAGCACUGGGUCCCUCCAACACCCCCAUUGCUGGUGCACCCCUCCCUUGCUCCAGCUUCCUGCCCCGGCCAGACCGCAGACUGGCUGUGGUGGAUCGCUGGAGGCUGCCCAAAUCUGCUACAGCCACCAACCCAAUGGCUGUAAGGGGGGCCAUCACUGACAUGGGACCCUUUGCUCAGAAAGUCCCACCAAACUGGGCUCCAACUGCUGGAGGGGGUGGGGGACUUGACGGCUAUAAGAGAUACUAUGGUCCCAUUGACCCUGAGGGACUGGGGCCCUGCAUUGAGCAGCAGGCAGGGUCCCAGACCCCCAAGACUAUGCCCAGGGGCCACCCCCAACCCCCUCCAGCCAGUGUGGCCUUCUAUUCAGAGAAGGGCAUGGACCACGGGGUGGGGAAGAGGGUGGUGGGAGGUGGCAGCGGAGGUCAGGGGAAAGUGGCCAUUAAACCUCUGGGCACUCCGAGAUUGACGCCUAAGAGUCAGGCCCCUCUGCCCCCUACACCCCCGCUGCCACACCCCUCUCCCCCUCUCCCCUCAUCCUUCUGGAGGAAGCGUAGGCCCAAGAAGCCCAAAGAGCCUGGAGGGCCACUGUAUGAGAACAUUCUGCCACUGGGGCAGAGGGGAGGAGCACGAGAUGGAGUGAGAGAGGGAGGAGGGAGGAGGGCACGCCCCCUCUCUCCCCCGCUCUCACUUCCUGUGCCAGUACCCCUCAGCCCCUCUUACACCCCUCCUUCGCCCUCUGCAUCUUUGCACUAUACAUCCUCCUCCUCUUCGUCGACCACCUCAUCCACAUCUUCGUCCUCAUCUGCCUCAUCUUCGCGCUCCACCUCUCCCACCUACUCUUACAGCUCCUCUAGGAGCACACGGGACAGGACUGGAGGAAUAGAUGGAGAGGAUGAUGAUGACGAUGAGGAGCUGACAGAAGAGUCAAGCCUCCUUCUUGGCAGGGGGAGGGAGAGGGAACGCUCAAUCAUUCGGCCUCGUUCCUUCAGCCAUGGACGUCUGCCGCCACCCAUACCCCCCAGGAAACCACGCACAUCCUGGGGUGACAGAGAAAGGGAACGAGAGAGGGAGAGAGGGGGAAGCCAACUGUCUCAGCUCCAAGAGUGGUGGGCAAGCUGGAGUGAGAGAGAGAGGAGUGGAGAGGGUGGAGAUGCUGAGAGGCAAAAAAGGGAAAAGAAGAGGAGAAAAGAGAAGGAGAAAGAGAAGAAGAAGAAGAAAAAGAACAAAAAGAGGAAAAAGAGGGAAGAAAGGGAAAGAGAGCGAGAGAGAGAAAGGAAGCGGCGAAAGGUAAAAAAGAAGAAGAAAAAGGAGCUUAAGACAAAGAAAAGGAAGAAAUCAAUUGGGGGAAGACGCUCUGAGCCAGAAGAGGGAGAUGUAGAGCCAGAGAGGGAAGGGGAGGUAGAAGGAGAGAGGGAAGGAGGAAUAAAAGACUACUCCUUUUCUGCGCAGUAUCGGAGCACAUUUGGGGAGAAGGGACGGGAUUCAUGGGAAGGAGAGAGGGAAAGAGGAAGGAGAGAAGGAGAUGAAGGCAAUGACAGGGAACAGGAGGACAGCAGCAGAAGCAGGGAGAGGCGUCCCAAAUCCUCACGCCCUCAUUCUAGACAUCGUAUCCCCAAUAAGCGUUACCCUAACCUCAACAAACUUCCUGCAUCUGUGAAAUUUUGGGUGAAUGGAAGAGGUGAUGAUUCUAAUACUCCUCCAACAUCCCUUCACCCACUCCUUCCAUCCUCCAAGCGGAGAAGAAGUGGUGGGAUAGAUGACAGUGGGAGAGUCGGAGAGCGGCGUCCUUUGUUAAUGCAUUAUGAAAAAGAGAAAGCACCGACAAGAGAAGGGCUUUCCUUCCCUGAGUGGGACUCUGAGGAUGACGAUGAUAAUGAUGAUGAGGAAGAGGAGGAAAGGGAGAGAGGGCGGGAGCGGGUGGGGGAUAGGGGAAGGAGAGCAGGUAGGGGGGCAGUGUCUGAGUCAGAGAGGGACAGGGCCAGGGCAGAGGACAGUUAUUCAGAUGAGGGCUCGUCAGGGGAGUUUGGUCGUUUUGAAAGAUACUGGGAAGGAGGUCCAGGGGGAAGCAGCACGGGGAUAGGGGGCAUAGGGGGAGGAGGCUGGUUCUUUGGCACCUACCCAUCAAGAGAGAAAGGGGGCAGUAUCAACAGUCGGGAUGAUUCCUUACAAGGAACUCGGGCUGAGGGAUGGAUUGGUGCUGAUUUCUGGGGUUCGGGACCAGGAGUAGGUUGGGGCUCAGGGGGAGGGAGUGGAGGGCUCGGCUCACAGUGGCCGCCACCCCCCGCAGCCUUCCCCCCACCUCGGAGGUACUGGUCUAUGGACAAGAUCCCUGUGAAGGGAGAGAAAAAGUGGAAGAGUGGAGGAGGGAAGAGCAAGGGACGAGCUAGAAACAGAGGGGAAGAAGCAGGACGGGCCACCAUAUGUUCCUGCAGCCUUUACCCCCAACCCCAUCCUUACCCACAUCCCCACAGCCGCUCGCACGCCUCCCACUCCAAGAGAGGAGCCACGGCGCUUUCCCAUAGCCAGGAAGAGCUGAUCCCCCACUGCCACAGCUUCAGCGGUGGCUCUCGUCCCAAGCCUCUGCCCCCGAAACCAGAUCCCAGUCAGGCCAAAUCAGGCAGCCAAUCUAACCUCAGCCUCAGCACACAACCCACAGAGCAUCCACCUCAGCCCUCACCGUCGCCACCCCAGCCGUCCAUGUCUCCCACCUCCCUACCGAUGCCCAUCCCGCCUCCGCCCUCCUCAUCCUCUGUCUCACCACCAGCAGGGGUAGGAAUGGUAGGCCAGGGCCAGGCACAGGCUUCGGCCAGUGCCAAACUCCAGUAUCAGAGACUGCGCUCGGUGCCACAGCCACGGAGGUUCUACUCCCCACACCUGCCACUCAAAGCCAAGAGCCUGUGCUCUCGUCGAGGGUCGGCCCACUUCUCCAGCCUGGAGAGCGAGGUAUGACAGGGGGAGAGGAGAGAGGGAGACGUGGGAGCAAGCACCACUGCUAUUGAGAACCUUGGUGCCAUGGCAGCUGGAGCCAGGAAUGACACCAGAGAUAUUGCUGCCUUGGUGAACAUAGGUAAUCAAUUAGCGACCAUCACUGCGGGAACUAGUAUGGACAGUAGUUCUACUGCUAGCAGUACUCUGUGUGAGAGCAACUCCACCGCCACCCGCUCCAUUGUAAGCGUUCUCGUGAGGGCGACAGUGAGACGCCACACCAGGGUGAGCUACAUCCGUUUGGAUGGUUCCCAUGAUGACGAGAGUGAAGGCGAUACUGCAUCACUGGGGGCGGCAGCUCCUGAACUUUUUCUCCGCUCCGAAUUGAGCUUUGUGAUGUCAUCUUCGGUUCUCCUCCCCUCCCCGAGUCACAACUAUGGAUAAGAGUAGUCUCCAGCUUGUGAGUAAUGAUGUCAUAUUUGUACACACAAACACACACAUGCACGAACACACCCACGUACACACACAGAUAUAUGCUCAAAACGUCUCCCUCCCUCUGGCUUUGAGAACACACCUCGGUGGGAUGUGGAGAGACCCACUCUCUCCCAAAGGAUGCCAGUUUUUACUCAAUAGACUCUGGCUGCCUGUCCUCAUUGGCUGUUGGCUUUUGAACUGGAUUGGUGGACUGCUUCAUAGUCUUGGAGAGACUGCCCCCUCUUCUUCCCUUUUGUAAAUCAGUUGAUAUGAAAAGCAAUGCAGUCAGCUCUCUCAUGCACUCUGUCUGCCUGAUCACCUUUCAGUGGGCAGUGAGGACAGUGCUAAUUAUUAGCCCUUUGUCCUCCUUUGACACCAUCAGACCCAUCUAGCUCUACCCCAGGACCAUCUACGUGAUGUCAUGUUUUACUAGAAACCCUUUUAACCAAUCAGUUUGAACAGGAACCUCCUUCUCCGUCUCCCUGUUGGAGCUUGUCAUGUCACCUCUGUUCCAGCCAGAGCUCGAACACAGUUGAGUAUCAAAGUAUUUGAACAACAAACUGAACUUUAAAAAGAGAAAUAACAAUAACAACAAAAAAAGACAUGUAGCAGAUUUUUUUUUGUCUGUCUCUUCUUUUCUUUCUUACUCAGACUUUUCUCCCCAUGCCCUCUUUUUUAUUCUAUCAAUAUAUUUCUCUCACUGUGUUAGUGUUUUAAUAAAGAGGAGGCUGGAUGUGGCUAGUGUUGGAAGUGGGAAUGAUCCAAUAGCAGUGCCAAAUUUCCACUCAACAGCUUUAAAGCUAGAUCGGUUUCCAAGUAACUUGUUUUCAUAGAUAAAGAACCGUCUUUUAUUUCCACAUGUGAACAACGCAUAAUUCACCAUCAUGUUAGUGGAUCAAGGGGAUGAAUGGUGCAAUAUCUGUAAUUGGCACUAGAUGGCUGCAUAAUAUUCAAGUACGCUUUGGAGAAAAUUGUACAAGAGGCUUGUGGUAAGUUUAAUAACUGUAGCUACAUGAUACAGAGCAAAGGGUGUGCAGCUAUGAACUUUAUUAUUUUUAUAAAAGUGGCCAGUCAGGAUUUAUUCAGAGGAAUUAUUGAAACCAAGUGCAGUGCAUUGUAAACGCUCUCUUAGGAUAUUACUGUAUUUCACUUCUAUAUUGUACCUUGGCAGAGUUUGUAGAUGAUGGAUUAUAUGAAGCACAACAUUCAUUGUAUUUUUCAGACAUCCGUGCCACAGUUGUAACCGCACAAUUUACAGGUAGUAUAAUUUGCUGAUGUGUGGAAAACUAUUCACUUGAUGUUAACUCAUGUUGCUAUUAUGGACAAUAAAAUUCACUGUUACUAAGGUUCAAAUAACAAAGUACCACAGAUGAAUGAGGUAACGAUCUUGUGCUUUGACUAUUUCCUUUCGGCAAAUAAGACUGAACGAUAUACUGUGAAUGUUUAAAGUUCCGAUUUGAGGUGCAUAUAUAAUAGCUGAGACUUGACUGAAUGCAGUCAGUAAUAUGUCCUGUAAUCAAGAUCAUCAGAUGACUGUUUGACUUUGAGCAAUAUUCCCACCUUUAAUGUGACAGCGAUGCAAUGGCACAUCUGUUUGCAUCUGAGACAUUGUAAUUGUUUUUCCUCUAGAUCAUUUGUUUCAGCAAGAGUCAGAUGUUCCACAUCUUCACUGAUUUUCCUUUUCGGGGGAUUGGUUUAAUCUAAUUUGGUCGGAUGUGAUUGUAAUAAAUGAGUUAAAGUCCACAGCACCUGGCUCUGGCUGACCAAUAUGAAUACAAAAUGCUAUGUGUUCAAGGGAGAGUAGUGAACUGUAGCAUUGGACCUUCUGUGA